GCAGCCGCCGCCGGGGCGGGAUGGCCGGGGAGCGCGGCCGGGCCGGCGGGCGCGAUGGAGCCGCCUGAGGGCUGGGACCCGUACGGGCGGCCGGCCCGGCGCACGCAGUGGUUGGUGAGCGCCCUGGCCUACCACUACGGGCUGGACCGCGGCGUGGAGAACGAGAUCGUGGUGCUGGCCACCGGCUUGGACCAGUACCUGCAGGAGAUCUUCCACCACCUGGACUGCGCCGGGGCGGGCAGGAUCCCCGGCGAGGACUUCCGGACGCUGUGCCAGGUGCUGGGGCUGGAGGAGGCGGCGGAGGCGGCGGCCGACCCCGAGGAGUGCGCGGGGCUGUGGGAGGGCCUGGCCGCCGAGCUCACCUUCCGCCAGUUCCACGCCCGCCUCUGCGGCUACUUCAGCACCAAGGCGGGCAGCGCGCCGCGCCGCGCCGUGCCGCGCCUGCCGCUGGGCCGGGAGAGCGAGCACAUCGAGACCCAGAUCCGGCUGCGCAGCCCCCGCCGCCGCCGCCGCCGGGACCCGGCCGGAGCCAGAGCCGGAGCCGGGGCCGGAGCCGGAGGCGGCGCGGCGGGGCGGCCCGGCGGCGGGGAGGCGGCGGCGGCGCGGCGGCCGGCCGGGCCCUGCUCGCCGGAGUGCUACGAGGAGAUCGUGGCGCUGGAGCAGGCCGAGGACCGCAUCGCCAAGCUGGAGGAGGAGAACGGCAGCCUGCGGGAGCUGGUGGAGGACAUGCGGGCCGCCCUGCAGAGCAGCGACGCCCGGUGCCUGGCCCUGCAGGUGGGACUGCGGAAAAGCCACGCUAACCAUAAGGAAGAGGGAACCUGUUUUAUUGGGAGUAAGAGACCAUUAACGCAGAACCACUCCCAGACCAAGUGCCUUCAGAGUGUCCUGAAAGAAGUGGAACUCAUCCGAAGCUCCAGGGAUGGGCAAAUUGAAGAAGCAAUUAGGUUCAAUCAAGAGUUGGAAAGAGAGCUGAAGAGCUCUCAGGAAGCUCUAGUCAGUCUGGAAGACUGCAACCGUAACCUGAAGAGGGAACAAGCAGAAAUGAGGAAGAAGGUUGAAGAGGCGAGACACGCUGUCCUUAACAGUCUUGGCAAAGUGAAGGAGCUAGAAGUGAAAGCUAACGAAGUGCCACAUCUGCAAAUAUACAUUCAGCAGCUAGAAUUGGAACUGCAGCACUAUAGGUUGGAAACAGGGGGAUUUCAGCUUCCCCCGGGAAGCAGCCCGGAGCAGGAGGGAGCAGCCCCGGCAGACAGGAGAUACUGCCCGUCUGCUGAGCAACAGGAUCGACGGUCUCCCACUGGUGGAGCUGGGAUUUCUGAGAACGAGGAUCAGCUGUUCCGCGCUGUGGAGGGCCAGGCUGCCUCCGACGAAGAGGAGGAGAAGUGGGCAGGAGACCAGCCACCCCAGGCCGACCAAAUGAAGAAAAUACUGGCCAAGCUCCCUUGCUGUGGCAGCGGAUGUGAUGAAAAAUUGUGGAAAAAGCUGAUGUCUUACUUGGAGACCACCAAUACUGAUGGCUACGAAACAGCCCCUGUGGAGCUGGCGGAGAGAAUCACACAGCUAACUGAACAGCUUGAGCUUAAAGGCCAUGAAGUGAAAAAACUGGAAACAAAUAUGGAAGAGAUGAAAGGCCCAUUGCUAGGUGAACUGCAGCAAAAGGUGGAAGAGACUGAAUUGUUGAAGAUGGAGCUGCAGAUGUUGGAGACUGAGAGAGUUAGGCUGUCACUGGUGGAAGAAAAGCUCAUGGAUGUUUUACAGCUUCUUCAACAACUUCGAGACUUGAACAUAUCUAAGCGAGCCUUGGGGAAAAUCUUGCUGAGCACUUUGGAAUCCUGCCGUGACCCCCAACCUGGAAAAGCCCACCUCUUCGAAGUCCUAGACACUCUCUACCAUGAGCUGACAGCCUGUGACCUCUUGCAAAGCCAGGCGCUGGAGAAGGCGCAGAGCCGCCAGUCCCUGUCCAACCCCCUGGUGCUCUCGUGCUGAGCAGCAGCGCCAGCGGCAGCCGCCCCGCCAGCCACCAGCCCUCCCCGCACGGCCAAACCCACGGCAAACCAACGAGAUCUGCCCGACUCCGCGGUGCCCGGCAGUGGGGAAGACUACUGGAAUAACUCGGCCGUGGAAUCCAAGGCGUGCUGCCCCCGGGGAGAGCACCAGUUCCUCAGCUAACGUCAAGCCCUCCCUUAGCGAGCGAGAACCCACGCGACUGUCUCUGCUGGAGGCCUAACCAGCCCUGUGUGACGGCCCUCCACCGUACCCGCUAACCUAAUAAAAACUCUUCCAAAUACACUGACCUGGCCUAUUUAGACUUACAGCCCUGGUUAGCCGCUGGCUGGGCACAGCUUCUAGCUUUUGUGAUAGCUCAGUUCUAAAGCAGAAGGCAGCCUAUGGUAUCCCUGGCAAGGAAAACACUUCUUAACAUACAGGCGACAAAAUGACCGUAUUCUAGACAUCCACAGGAGCGUAGGCCAGCAGUGCAAGUUUUAAGGGCUCAUGUAUGAAAUAUGUUUGCGUGUGACUGUAUUUGUGGUGCAGUUCUUCACCUUAUUUAACUCUGAAGUUAGAUUUGUUAAUGCUCUGCUGAAUUUUGUAUUUGCAAUUACAGAGGUGCCUUAGAAAUCUGCAACAGCCUAUCCUGGCGAUACCCUUAGACUCUACGUAAAACAUUAAAUUUAACUGCUUGGAAAAGGUACAAAGCAAUCUUGUUCCGAGGCUCUCAGGGAAAGGAAGGGUUGAAAAAUUCACUUUGCAACAGCUGCUGUUGUCGCAUUAGCAAACAACACGCACAGUACACAACUUUGGUCUCUCAUUUAAUUUCCCUCAAUGCAACUUGUAGAGACACAAAGCUAGGCCCACUGGCAGACAAAUUAAUGUAAAACGCUGGGCCUAAUCAUGGUGCCACAUCACAUUUUAAUCAGCAAUAAAAUAAUUCCUGGAGGCAAAAGUGAAAAAAAAAGAAAAAAAAUAGGUUGCUUCCAAGAUGCUUUUGCUGUUUAAUUCAACUAUCAAACACAGGAACUACAGAAGCAGAGUUUUUAAAUGAUCCAGCUGAAUUUACGUUAUUAAAAAGAUGCACUGUAGCUCUUUUAAGUGUGAAAUGAUUGGCUUGAAAUAACGCCAGCAAUGAAAUACGAGCAUUUAAUUCAGAAAUGUGCAUAAAUGAAUUUUUCCCAUUAAAAUGGUUUUCAUACAGAAAUAAGGUCCAUACCACAACGCAAUCUGGCGAAUAAGAUUUUUAUUCCUUUCUAUUCAUAAUACACUGUACAGCUUACACACACCUCCAUCCAAAUUCGUGAUACAUUACUUAGCAUUUAGAGCUAUGUUGGUAACAAAAAUUCUUAACAGAUAUUUUGAUUUCAUUUUAGAGGAGGAAAAAAAAAGGUGUUUUGCAAACAGUGGAACAAAUUCUGUUCAGUGGUGCUUUACCUGUUUGGGGGUUUGUUUUUGUUUUUUUUCCUGAUUUAACAGAGGAAGAUUUGAAGAAUAGGUAUAUAUUUUUAAUGUAGAUUUUUCAUAAAGAUAAAUUACACAGGACAUAUAUACAUAGUGCAAUAUUCACCCUGUAAGAAAGAAAACUGUAUACUACUACUAAAUAUAUUACUAACAUAAUACUAAGCGUAAUAUACUAUUACUUAGUAUGUACUAAACUAUAUGCUAAUAUUACAUACUACAAAAACUACAUUAAAUGCAAGAGAUAAAAAUUAUAAUGAGUAGAAGUCAGUUCCCUGCUUGGGUUCAUUUUCUAGAAAAUAACCAAGUAUCAGCUUAUGUUUUGUUCAGCUCUCACACUUUCUCAGGAAUACUGUAUAUGUUUAAAGAGAGAAAAUGCCAGCAAAUCAUUAAACAAGCACGAUCUGUGUGUAUAGCUAGCAGAUGAGACAAUUCAGAAAUAGGAUUAUAAUGAAAGUACAUACCUGAUUAUGGAUACUCUCGUGUACUGCAGGAUUCUUUCAGCAUUUCAAUUAGUAUUAUUUACUGUAUCCACUCUAUGUAUACCUAUACAUGUGUAUAUUUGCAUUAUAUAUACUUAUGCAUACUUUAACAUUGCUAUGUUAAUUGUGUACAUUUAGUAUCCUUUUCACCACUGAGUUUCCACUUCACUUCCUAAUAUAUUUCUAGAAAUCUAAACUAUUAAGUAAACUGAUGUUCUAAUGCUAAAAUGGGGGAGGAGCAAUAUAAUCUGAGUACUGCACAGUUUAUCCAAGCAGCAGUUGAACUGUAACUGGAAACUAAAAAAUGCCACUGGAAACCUAAACUGGUGUUAAGGAAGAUGCAAACAGUUGAGAUAAGAGGAAGCUUUUGUGAAUAAAUAAACAGCAUUUAACUGAUAUAAGAAGCAGCAAAAUCAUAUCUUGCUGUUAGCUUCAAAUACUGUAACAUUUUUAUUUCUUUAAGAAAUGCCUAUAUCAGCAUAUGCUGAUUAACCUUUUAAUAAUAAAAGCUGAUUAUUUGACUCCAAAAAGUAAUGAAUAUGGAGCAAUUCAGACUUGCAGUAUUUCCAUAAGAAGAAUCUGUUCUUCAGGAUGGAUCAAGAAACAGUCUUCAGUCAAAUUCUUGCUGGAAAUCCGAGGCAAAGCAAAGCACUUGUACUUUGAAAGACCUUAACACUGAUUUUUUAAAAGUAUUUAAAAAUACUUUUACCUUAAUGUUUUAUACUGAGCUUGUCAGCAGUGUUGCUGAGGCUGCUAAAUAUUUCAUAUGAAUCUGUAUAAAUAUGCGAUUUCAAAUCAACGUAAUUGGGAAAUUUCUAGCCCUGCCUCAAAAGCAGGUAGGCUUCCACAGUUUGAUUUACUGUGUGGAACAUGUUCAAAAGAGUCUGCACAGUAAUCCUGGGAAGCAAACCCAAAUAUCUAUGUUUUCUUAAAGACCUAGCUAGUUAAGUCAAGUGAUUACUGCAGAUUUCAGCUACCUUUUUUUUUUUUUUUUUUUACUUUUUUUAAAUUUCUUGCCUUUUUGAGUAUUGGAAUUGUUUCCAGAUAAACAACAAACUGAACUAUCUCAUCAAGUCUCAUUAAUAAGCUCACCAUAUUUCAAACAAUAAUGAAGGAGUAGUUAUUACUCACACUGUUGACUGCAUAACAAAUUCCUUCUUUGAACAGUUGAAGCAAUCCUCACGGUAACGUACUAUGCAAUUGCUCAUCUAGCACAUACAAGAUCAUACAAGAUCGUAGAUUUGCAGAAAAUAGUACUUCACCUUACAGGGAACAUAUACCAAGUUUAAACUGACUUUGAAAAAAAAAUUUCCCUAUAUGGCAAAAACUAAAAAGAUAACAAAGCACACUCAAAAGCCUUCCAUUUAAAAAGCACAACCAUGAAAUCCAGCAUCUCAGAUCUCUGCAAACAUUUUAUUUUGCUGUAUGUUUACCAACUGGUAAUAAAUGGCCAUUUGCUUGCAUCUUGACUGCUCAGUAAAGAAAAAAAAAAUCACAGAGAGAGGGCAUGUGCUAUAAACAUAACAAGUGCGACUGCCCAUCUAAAAUUUUCGAUAAGUAGACAAAGGCCAUCAGAGCAUGCCUUCCCAACAUUGCUUUGGUCAGUAGGAAAACCAGUUUGCAGGAGCAGACGUGACAUGUUACUGCGUGAGACCAGAGCCCUGCUGUACAGCUUCCCACUGGUAAGCGUUACUUAAGUCUUGUCUGAAGAAGGGACCUGUAAUACUUGGAUUUUCAGUUAGAAAGUAUCUAUAAAAAGGCUAAAUUAUGCUGGCUUUGAGGCACCCUGGUUGAACUCUGGCCUUAUGCUGUGCUUGAGAUUUUAUUCCCUCCCCAGCAUGCUCAUUCCUCAUUUUAGUAGAUUUUUUUUUUUUUAUUUCUCAAUAAUAAUUCCAUCCUUAUAGAAAGGACAGCUUGUUUCAUCCCAGUUGUAUCUGGGAACUCCCUAAUGUAAUUCACCACAGCAAAAAAGUUAUUCUUCAUCACCUCUUCUAUAUGUCCUUUCCUCCUUCGUUGAUAAUGGCAGAGCAAUAAAUCCCUCGGGCUCCCAGAUUUUGGA